CGGAGUUGAAAAACACUCGUUCAGAGGACGGGAGCCUGAUUCUAAAUGGUAUACUUCGUGCUUUCGCCAUGCUUAACCUUUUUCUUUCUGUGUCCCCCAGAUUCCAGAAACACGUCCAUACCUAUCGGAUUUUGCCAGAUGAAGAAGAGUUCCUGGCGGUCCAGACCUCGCAGGGAGUCCCGGUGCGGCGCUUCAAGACCUUGAGCGACCUCAUUGCCCUCUAUCUGCAGCCAAACCAGGGCCUGGCCUGUACCCUGCUCUUCCCUGUGGAGCGGGAGAAGGAGAAGGAGAACGCGGAGGAGAGGGACUACUCGGAUGGCGAGGAUGAGAAGCCCCCCUUGCCACCUCGCUCGGGCUCCACCAGCGUGCCUGUUGGCAGCAGUGCUUCCAUCCUGAUGACAAACACCCCUGCUGUGCAGGACAGAGCUCUUGAAAGCACCGCCAAUGGGCUCAGCACCAUUUCCCACGAAUACUUGAAAGGGAGCUACUCCUUGGACUUGGAGGCGGUCAGGGGGGGAGCCAGCAACCUGCCCCACCUGAACAAGACUCUCGUCACCUCCUGCAGACGCCUGCACAGUGAGGUGGACAAAGUCUUAUCGGGCCUGGAGAUCUUGUCCAAGGUGUUUGACCAGCAGAGCUCCCCAAUGGUCUCUCGGAUCCUGCAGCAGACUGCUGGACAAACAGGAGAGCAGGAGUUGGACAGUUUGGUCCUGAAGCUGUCCAUCUUGAAGGACUUCCUCUCCAAUAUUGAGAAGAAGGCCCUGAAAGCUCUCCAGGACAUGAGCUCCGCUGCCCAGCCUGGACUGGCUCAACCCUGUUUCCGCAAAGCAAAGAGCAUCCCCGUUCAGACAUUCGAGGUGAAGCUGGACCUGACCUUGGGCGAUCUCACCAAAAUCGGGAAAUCACAAAAGUACACCCUAAGCGUGGAUGUGGAAGGUGGGAAGCUGGUGGUUCUAAAGAAGCAGAAGGACUCCCAGGAGGACUGGAACACCUUCACUCAUGACAAGAUCCGUCAGCUGAUAAAAUCCCAGCGGGUGCAAAACAAACUGGGGAUCGUCUUUGAGAAAGAGAAGGACAAGACUCAGCGGAAGGACUUCGUCUUCGUCAGCGCCAGGAAGCGAGAGGCCUUCUGCCAGCUCUUGCAGUUGAUGAAGAACAGACACUCCAACCAGGAUGAGCCAGAUAUGAUUUCCGUCUUCAUUGGCACAUGGAACAUGGGCAGCGUCCCCCCCUCCAAGAACAUCACCUCGUGGUUUGCCUCCAAGGGGCUGGGCAAGACCCUGGACGAGAUGACCGUCUCCAUCCCCCACGAUAUCUACGUCUUCGGCACCCAGGAGAACUCCAUGGGGGACAAGGAGUGGGUCGACUUCAUGCGCAGCGUCCUCAAGGACUUCACCGAGAUUGAGUACCGGCUGAUAGCCAUGCAGUCCCUCUGGAACAUUAAAAUAGCCGUCCUGGUGAAGCCGGAGCACGAGAACCGGAUCAGCCACGUUGGGACCUCCAGCGUGAAAACCGGGAUCGCCAACACUCUGGGCAACAAAGGGGCCGUGGGCGUCUCCUUCAUGUUCAACGGCACCUCCUUUGGCUUCGUCAACUGCCACCUCACCUCCGGCAACGAGAAGACCGCCAGGAGAAACCAGAAUUACCUGGACAUCCUGCGUCUCCUGGCCCUGGGCGACAAGCAGCUGAGCUCCUUCGACAUCUCCCUCCGCUUCACCCACCUCUUCUGGUUCGGGGAUCUCAACUACCGCCUGGACAUGGACAUUCAGGAAAUCCUCAACUACAUUAACCGCAAGGAGUUUGAGCCUCUCCUCAAAGUGGAUCAGCUCAACCUGGAGAAGGAGAAACACAAGAUCUUCCUGAGAUUCAGCGAGGAAGAAAUCACCUUCCCUCCCACCUACCGCUACGAAAGGGGGUCCCGCGACACCUACGUGUGGCAUAAACAGAAGCCCACAGGGGUAAGGACCAAUGUCCCCUCCUGGUGUGACCGCAUCCUCUGGAAGUCCUACCCAGAGACCCAUAUCAACAGCAACUCCUAUGGCUGUACGGAUGAUAUUAUGAGCAGCGACCACUCGCCAGUCUUCGCAGCCUUUGAAGUUGGAGUCACGUCCCAGUUUGUUUCCAAAAAAGGACUCUCCAAAUCCUCAGACCAGGCCUACAUAGAGUUUGAGAGCAUCGAAGCCAUUGUGAAGACAGCCAGCAGGACCAAAUUCUUCAUUGAAUUCUACUCCACAUGCCUGGAAGAAUUCAAAAAGAGCUUUGAGAACGAUUCCCAGAGCAGCGACAACAUCAAUUUCUUGAAGGUCCAGUGGUCCUCCAGGCAGCUGCCCACGCUCAAACCGAUCCUCUCUGACAUCGAGUACUUGCAAGACCAGCACAUCCUGUUGACCGUCAAGUCUCUGGAUGGCUACGAAUCCUAUGGAGAGUGCGUCAUCGCCCUCAAGUCCAUGAUCGGGAGCACUGCGCAGCAGUUCCUCACCUACCUCUCCCACCGGGGGGAGGAGACAGGCAACAUUCGGGGCUCCAUGAGAGUUCGGGUCCCAGCAGAACGGAUGGGAACUCGUGAGAGGUUGUAUGAAUGGAUCAGCAUUGACAAAGACGAGACCGGAGCUGGCAAGGGGAAGCUGGCGCUUCCAGCCUCACGGACCAGCCUGGAGCACACCAAAUCCGUUGGGCGAAAACAUUCCUCAGGGGAAGGGACCGCCUGUCCCGUUGGGAAGCUCUUAGACGAACAGGAGAAGGCUGGCGCCCUGACAGCCAGCCGCCCACCUGCUCCGCAUCGUGGUGCCUCCAAGGAGGAGGCCUCCCAGGGCAGGGUGAAGCCAGAAGUGGCUGUGGAUCCUGAUGUGCCCCCACUGAAGAACAGCUUCAACAACCCUGCCUACUAUGUGCUGGAGGGGGUCCCUCACCAGCUCCUGCUCCCAGAACUGCUGCCAGGGAGCCUAGCCAAGCCCCCUGCCCCCCGGAACAAAGUCCAGAUCACGGUCCCCAUCCAGCCUGAGUCCUGGCGGCCCCCACAGCCGCCCUCCCGGGCCGAGGAAAACUCAGAAGAGGAAGAGCCGGGGGUCCUCAACCUGCCGCCCCCGGACUUCCCACCCCCUCCCUUGCCCAAAUCAGUGGCGCUGGAGAUGGCAGAGGGGGCCUUCUACACCUCAGUGGGCAUCAGAGGAGAGGACCAUGCGGCCGGCAAGCCACGGACCACUGUGGUCUUCAGUGAGCCCCUCAAGGCCAAGCCCCCCAAGCUGCACCCCAGGCCAGCCCCAUCUCUGGGGUCAGGGUACCUCCUCGAGCCCCCCAGCGGGCCCCAGGUUGCCCCGGGCAUCCUGGAUGACCGCUCCUGCUCCGUGCUUCAGAUGGCCAAGACCCUCAGCGAGGUGGAGUACUCCAGCGGGGGCAGCCUGGGGAGGGAGCAGCCGGGCCGCCCCCCAUCCCACCCCCUGACCAAAGUGAGGCUGGACCUUGCCCACCGCUGCCUGCCGCCUGACUACAGCCGCCCCGUGGCCUUCCCUGCCCGCUCCAUCCGGGAGAGCAUCGAAGAGGACUUGGCGGAGGAGACCCUGACCCAGGAGGGCCAGAGCGGCGGUUCCAGGUGCAGCGAGUCCAGCGUGGGGGAAUGGCUGCGGGCAAUCGGCAUGGAGCAAUACGAGGAAGGCCUCAUCCACAACGGCUGGGACGACCUGGAGUUCCUCAGUGACAUCACCGAGGAGGACCUGGAAGAGGCGGGGGGGACGGAUGCCAGCCACAAGCAGCUUCUCCUGGAGAGGCUCAGGAAGUAGCCAGCGCUCCUGGGGGUGGCGUUGGCCUGCACCUCAGCAUGUGCCUUCCCCCUUGCGAUUCCACCCUCGUUCCCCCCACACUCCCUACAGGUGCCAACCGAGGGUCCGUCUGCCUUUUUUCUGAGCAUCUCCCCCUGGAGGGGAGGAUCAACAGCCAAACUGCUGCCUGGAGCAACCACUUCCAGGCGUGGCAGAAGCUCCUCCGUCUUUGCUCCUGGAGAAAUUGGGGGCUGAGCAGCUGGAAGGCGAAUGGGGGCCUGCCCCGGUGAGGGCUGCUCUUGGUUAAGUUAUUCUUAUUUAUUGCAAUGCAAGAAGGACCCUCUUGUUUCCCCCCCUUCCUUUCAGAGAACCACAUUCCCCAGCCCUGCCUCCGUGGCCCCUGACUCACACCCAUCCGGGGGGGAUUCCCAGAGUGAAGACCACCCCCAGAACUGGGUCGGCUGCUGCUGGGGGACCAGCGGCCUCCAGGCCUGAGAUGCCAGCGGUCCUCCCUUUCGGUGGUCUAGUCGGGGACUGAGAACAGCUGCGCCGCCUCCCCCCGAAUCAGAGAUCGGAGGCAGCCGGGGUAAACUCCUUAAGGGUUGGAUUUCACGGGGCCAGGAGAGAGUUUGGACAAGUGGCCGAAAGGACGUUCUGGGGCCAGUGUGCCCCCAGGAGAGGAGUCCUGGGAGUUGAAUGGCCGCAUCCCACGCCUUGCAUCCUGUCACUGCCGACAGCCAGCUUUCCUUCUGCAACCAGCCUGCCACGCGGGAGCUCUCCUCUCCCCGUCCCACCAUUUCACCUUUCCUGCAACCUUUUAUGCACACUUUUCAGGGCUCUGCCAUCCGGCCAGAAAUCAACGGUUUUCCUAAGGUGUCUUGCUUUGGGAGCAUUUUAAGCCUUAAGCCAACGUACAUCCCCUCGCCCCAGGGUUUUAACCGUCCCAUGGAUGACAAUCUCCAGAAUAAACUCAGGUAGCCGCAGGGAAAGAAGGGACCCCUUGAGUUGCAAUGCCAAUUGUGCAGGAAUGCUCUGGCCUACCAGGGGGUCAAGCUGUUGGAGCCCUGGAUCACCUCCAUGGUGCCCUGCUUCCUGUCUCCAGAGCAGCCCAUCAUGAAGGAGUGUGGGUCACCCACUGGAGGAUGGGCCGCAUGCUGACCCCAAGAGCAGGGCCUGCCUCUUGAAAAGGGAUAUGUACCUUUCUUGGGCAUCUGGACCUUACACGCUGGCCAAGGAUUGAAGCAGUGUCUUGGUUAGAUGGACCUAGUUGGAGUGCCUGAUGCUGGAGCCUAACUGGAUAGUCUCACUCUCUCCUCUUUCCCAGCCCACCACCUUCUGCUGGAGGUCCACCAACUGUGAGGUCAUGCUUGUCCUGACCAUCUCUUUCCUUCAAGUCGCCUGACCAUUUCAAUCAGGGCCUUCAUCCAGCAGAUUCCACAUUUUUCAUCUUGACUUGGGAGCAAUCGGGGGGAGGGGGGCUGCUUCCCUUACCUGUGCAAACCAUGGUGCCUGCAGAGCGCAUUAGAUCUGGUCCAGGGCAGGGACCUGGUCCAGAGCAGUAAAAGGCUAGAACAUAGGCAAUCACUUUGGUUCUGUGCUCCUUUUUUCUGGGGGAAUUCCCCCCUUGCUCCGUGCCUUAUUUUACAAUAGGAAGAUGUGGGGGGAGGGGCAGGGGCUUCCCCCACUUGCAAGAGAUUUCAAGGUACACCUAACCCAGCAGGUGCUUUGUUGAGGUGUUUCGACUCGGCUCAAAUCCCCGCUAGUGACUUAGAGCAUCUUCUCGCAUCACCUAACCCUUGUGGACAGCGUCAAGACUGCUCGUUACAGUUUUAUUGGCGCAAUGGUGGCUGGGUGACCCGAGAAGACCCUAGAGGUCCCUCAUGGGGAUCCUGCCGAGAACUCCCAGGAUUUCCAGCUCACAAAAACGGGAUCUGGGGAAGCUGGGAGCUGUGGACUUCCCCACCCAGAAGGCGUGAGAUGAGGAAAGGCUGCACCACGCUUCUUGGACCUUUCCCGCCUCAACAAAGAGCAGUUCUCUGAGACAGAAAUGAAGGAUAUUCUGUGUUUAUUGUGCUUUAUUUUGUUCCUUUUGCCAUUUCGGGGAGAACCCAAUGAUUUGUGCUGCCUUUGACCUUUCUUCAGUUAUUAUUAACGUUUGGUGUGAGUUUAACCUUACUAAAUUCUACUCUGUUGUGUGUGCGUGUGCUUUUUUAAAUGUUUAAUUUAAUUUCUAUUUGAAACUCUUUGUAUGCUUAAUAUUUCAGGGGUUGAAGAAACAACUCAACUUUCUUCCCCCAUUCACAUUUCAUGCCUUAGAUGAAUACAUCAUGAUACAAUAAAAGGGCUUGUUUGCUUA